AUGAACCACACGUGCCUUCGUAUCAAAGAUCCGAAGGUGUCGGUUCCAUUCUAUGAGAAGAACUUCGGAAUGAAACUUCUCAACCACUUCGACUUGGGUUCUUUCACCUUAUACAUGAUGGGAUACCCUACCACGGAGAAGAAGAAUUGGGCGGCAAGAGAGGGAGUUUUGGAGUUGUGUCAUAACCAUGGAGCUGAGAGCGAUGAUAACUACACCGUCAAUAACGGCAAUGGCGAGAAAUUCAGAGGUUUUGGCCAUAUCUGUGUCUCUGUCGACAACAUCGAGGCUGCCGAGAAGAAGUUGCUUGCAGAUGGCGUCAAGUUCCAGAAAAAGUUGCUGGAUGGCAGACAGAGCAACAUUGCCUUUUGCUUGGACCCCAAUGGCUAUUGGAUUGAGCUUAUUGAGCACGGAGUAGGAAAGGAGGUUUCCACCACCAGCACUGACACCUAUAAGCUUAACCACACCAUGAUCCGAGUCAAGGACCCUAAGAAGUCGUUGGACUUCUACACCAACGUGUUGGGAAUGAAAGUGUUCUCUCGCCGUGAUUUCGAAAGUGCCAAGUUCACAUUAUACUUCUUGGGCUACGACCAUGAGGAUUCCGUGGCAGACGGAAACUUGUCUCGUGACGACCAGGCUGCCAAGCAGGCAAUCAUUGAGCUUACACAUAACUGGGGAACCGAGAACGAUGACUCGUUUGAAGGUUACCACAAUGGCAACUCAACUGAGAAUGGAGCCAUUCAGGGUUACGGCCACACGUGUGUUUCAUGUCAAGACCCAGCCAAGUUCUGUAAAGAGAUUGAGGAGGAACUUGGCGAUAAGGCUGAUUGGUCUGUCAAGUGGAACCAGGGCAACUUGAAGAACUUAGCCUUCAUCAGAGACCCCGAUGGAUAUUCUGUGGAGAUUAUUCCUCAUGAUAUUUUCCACGACUGGGUGGAUGGCAAGCCUCCACAAUAG